ACUAUUAUCAUUCGAACAGGUGUGCAUAUUGCAGUGACCUAAACAUGCCCUCCAGUCACCGGGAAACUUGUUUUUCCGGCAAAAAAUCGAGCAUGGCUGGAGAAAGAGGCAGCGCCGUUGGGCCUCUCUAUCCGCGUGAAGAACAAGUUCUGCGCAGCCACAUCGAGUCCGCCGUCGCCGGCCGAAAACAGUUCACCGCAAGUGCAACUGGUGGAGCUCCUCUGCUCCAACUUCCCGGAAGCAUUACUCCGCUUUCGUGCAGGAGAGACGAUGCCAUGGACGAGCCAACUAGGAAGCGGCAAAAAAUAGACGAGACUCGGAAUGCGAGUAGGCAAAUUGAGGUAUUUAGGGCAUACGCUUCUGCUAGUUAUUCGGAUUCCAACGGUAGGGAAGUCGAUCCUUCUAAGAGGGAUGAAUCUGGUGGUGAUGGGAGAAAGAUGCGCGACGGUGCGAGGAGGGAUGCGAAUGGGGUUAAUGGGGCAAUUGUUGGGGAUUUAGAGGGAGUUAAUGAAUUAGGCGAUGGUAAGACAGAGAUGAACAAGAAUGGCGAAGGUGAGAGGAGGGAUGUGAAUAUCUGGCCACUGUUUAGUGAUUUUGGUGGGUUGCAUAUGAUGAUUGAUAAAUUUCGGGAGGUGAUUUUGCCACUGCAUCAGUGGAAGUUACUACGCCACUUUGGAGCUGAACCUAUGACCGCAGUUCUGUUGCACGGGCCUCGGGGGUGUGGGAAAACCGCAUUGGCCCGAGCCUUUGGCAAUGAGGCUGGAGUGCCGUUCUUUGAAACAUCUGCUGCUGCACUGAUGUCUGGAGUUACAGGUACCCUAGAAUUGUUCUGCAGAGCAUACCGGAAAGCACCAUCUAUUGUGUUCAUUGAUGAAAUUGAUGCAUUGACUUCAGAAAUGGGAAGUUUGCGUCCGUGCCCAGUAAAACAGUUGAUGGCUUGCAUGGAUGAACCUGUAAAUGACGGUUCUGAUUCUGAAAGUUCUAAUAGUGGACCUGGCUAUGUGCUGAUGAUUGGAGCAACCAAUAAACCUGAUGCUAUUGACCCCGCCUUAAGGCGGAGGUUUGAUCGUGAAUUUCGUAUACGUGUUCCAGAGAAAUAUGAUCGGCGUGACAUAUUAUCUGUUCUAACACGUAAUCUUAAGCUUGAAGUUGGUUUUGAUCUUUCAAAGUUAGCUGAGUGGACUCUGGGUUUUGUAGCAGGAGACUUGGUAGCACUAGUAAAAGAGGCUCGUAAGGUUGCUGUGAAAAGAGCCAUUUACAAUAGAGUAUUUAAGGAUAAGAGAGAACUGGGAUUUGACGUUUCGUUUAGAGAAUGUUCCAGAAAACCAUUUUCAGAUGAAGAACUGGAGAACCUCAGCAUAGCCAUGCAUCAUUUUGUGGAAGCUGGUAUGUUGGUUCACCCUUCUGCUAAAAUGGAAGGUUUCUCCACCACACCAUAUGCAAAGUGGGGUGAUGUUGGAGGCCUUCAAUUUUUGAAAUUGGAGUUUGAACGUGGUGUAGUUAAGCCUAUAAAGUUUCCUCUAGUUUAUCAGGAUCUUCGGGUGUACUAUUGUGACACCUUUUUCCUUUAUGGUCCUUCUGGCUGUGGAAAGACAUUGAUUGUCAAGGCUUUGGCUAGAGAAGCAGGAGCCAAUUUCAUGCAUAUCAAGGCCCGUGAACUACUGAAGUUUGGCGAUCAGAGUGAUACGGUGGUGCAAAAUAUUUUCAGUUAUGCAAAUUCUCACCCUCCAUGUAUAGUUUUCUUUGAUGAGUUGGACGUAAUGACCUCAUGUGGCGAUGAAGACAAAGACAAAGACAAAGAUGAAGAGGAAGACAAGGACAAGGACAAGGACAAGGACAAGGACAACGGCGAAGGCAAAGGUGAAGACAAAGGCGAAGACGAUGACGAUGACGAAGACGGAAACAAUUGGGGCGAUUGGCCAUGGCCGGACUUUAGACAGCUAGUAUCAGAGACCGGUAGUUUAUCGACUAAGAAAGGUGUUUACGUGAUUGGUGCAUCAAGUAGGCCAGAGAUCAUGAGUCAUAUCCUUUCCAUCAGAGAUUAUUUUGGUGCAAUUCGGUAUGUUCCUCUUCCUACUCCAAAAGAAAGAGGAGCAAUAUUGAAAGCUCUUGCUCGAGGCAAGCCAAUAGAUGCCGAUGUGGACCUGAUGGCCCUAGGAAAAGACGUAGCUUGUGGAAAUUUUAGUGGUGACGAUCUAUCUGCUUUGAUGAGAGAAGCUUCUCAUUUUGCCAUUGAUCGACCGUCAUUGUCCAGUGGGGGUUGCAUGACCAUCAAAGAUGCAGAUUUCAAGAGGGCGUUGGCGAAAGUCUCCCCGUCUCUCUCAUCCACGGAAGUCAAGAACUGGGAGCUUCAUGCGAAGAAGAUGGAAUCUAUGCCUUGGUAGAUAUUUGUUAACUUCCCUAUGUAAUUAUAGAUGUAUGUAUAUGUGAAUGGAGUGAGUUUUCAACACAUAUUUUUGAGCAUGUUAGUAACGUAACAAAUAUUUGUGCGAGACCGGGUCGAAAUAUGUCUAUGUGCUUUGGAUCUUUGUAGUUUUUUUAGUAUUUGGAUUCUGGUAUAAAUAUUGUUGGACUAAUUGUCGAAAAA